AUGGUUUUAUGUUUAUUUGUUUUGUUAUUAUAUGCUCCGAUUGCUCAAUCUCUGCCAUUUACAAUUUGGCUGCCACCAUUCAAUGAAAGUCGUCAUAUAUAUCAAUUAUGUAAUAAUGAAAUGGAUAAUAUCAUCUUAUUAUCAAACAAUACACAAGUUAUUGAUUAUUUUAUUCAAAAAUAUGUUUUGUGUUAUUCUGAUUAUGAAGUAUUUGUGCCGUUGAAGUAUCAACCGUUAGUUUGGGUCAUGCGGGCUUUAAGAUUCUGUGAGGUCAAUCAAAUUUUCCAAUACAACAAGCAUCGAACGCAGUUCCAUCGAGAAUUUCAGAAACAGUUUCUACGAUAUUCAUACGCUGCCAUCUGUGAUCGCGGAGCUUUAUUGAAGACGACAGAGAAGAUGUCAUACUAUGUUUAUUCAUCUCUAUUUAAUAUUCUAUAUUUAGCCCAAAGUCCAGAAAGAGAGCAUGUUUGCAAUAGCAUUUCACAAGUUUAUACUGAUUUAUACAGUCGGUGUUAUGUUCCACAUGUUGCUAAACGACAACAGAAAAUUCAAGAAAGAUGUUCCAGUGCAACUGCUCCUUUGUUGAAAUUUCGAUCAUUUUUUCAACGUUUUUCAAGAGAUUGUGAUACGUUUGGAGAAUUUGUUAAUCGAUCUGCUUGGUCUGUUCACAACAUGGGGAGAGCACUUGCAAAUGAUACUGUUUUCAUGAACUUACUGAGUUCGGAUCUUUACUCUAAUAUUCAUUCCGAUUCACAGUUACCGUCUCUUGUGUUGAGAACUCGACUUCUACUUCAACAUUUCUCUUUGGCGGCUGUUAAGCUAUGGAAGCAGGUUGAUGAGUUUCGAAAAUGCCGAAGUAAUGUGAUCAGUCAGGAACGUUACAUAAAUGAAACUGAUGAUGAUGGACAUUCUCGAUUAUCUCAAACAGUUUCAAGUAUUUGCUGUAACAGUAACAGUAAUCACAUUUGUGAGCUGCAGAAUGAAAAACGAUUCAGAAUUUUAUCGGAUCAGGCAUCUAUUGGUUUCCGUAUAGAAUUCGCGUUAUUAGCGAUGGUCUGCUUCAAUACAGCAUUAUUGGCAAUCCUUCUGUUACGAACUAGUCGUUCUCUAUCAACUGCAACUGUUUUGUUUGUGCUCAACAUAAUGUUCUCCAAUUUGCUGUUUCUUCUCUCUUUUGCAUUCUUCUUCUCUGAUCUUCUGCAGGACAGCUCCUAUGGCGAUGUUAAUGAUGAUCACUUCGAUAAAUCAGCUGAGCUUAUAAUCGCGGAGACGCUACAGACUCAUCUGUUCGAUAGCAGUUCCUUCAGGAAAUAUCUAAUCCAAGAAACAUUAUAUUCUUUGUCACAAAAUGGCAGUUUGAUUGGCCUCAUUCAUCUACUCGUUCUCGUGCUGAUCGUCAUUAAUCGAUCGAUGGCUGGAAGCUCCGUACAUAUAAGUAAAAUAGCUGUUGUUUCAUUAUUCGCAGGCGUCUGGAUUGUUCUGAUAGUAACACAUGUCAUGUUCUCUACGAUGCAAAUAAGCGCGAUUCGUCAUCUAGAUGAACUCUUUGCGACUUUGAUAAAGGGACGAGUAUAUCUCAAUUGUGGAACAAUCCCUCGCUCAGGUUAUGAAGAAAUUGCAGGACAAUGUGAUAGAACAGCUGUUUUUCACAUGUUUGGAGCUUAUCUACUACGUGGACACACGUUGUUCACUUUAUUCUUUCUGACUGCUUCCAUUGUCAUUUUCACUGUAACUAUAACAUAUCAUAUCAAAGUACAUCGAGAUUGCGACUUGGCUCAUAGUGGACUGAGAGAACAAUCGCCUCAUCGACGUCGAGAACGUCUAUUUCACACAUUGAUUCUUUCUAUUACUACUUUUUUCAUUUCUGUUCUUGGGCAAACAUACAUUGAGAUAGCUGUCUUCUGGGUGAAUGAUCGAGAAGACGUUGCACGGUUAACUAAAUGGUACCAUUACGCUAGAAUCGCUGCUUAUGUGGAUCCACUUCUUAAUCCACUCAUCGUUGUUGCCCGAACUCCUGCUCUUCGACGUCAUCUCAGAGCUCAAUGGACUUCUGUUCGAUCUCACGCAUCUUCUAGGGUGAGGUCACUUGGAGGAAGCAGAAAAUUUCAACGCGGAACAUCACUCGAUAGCGCUCAGAGGAGUGAUGUAGAAGUGAAACUAUGUCGAACGGAUAGACCAUGCUCAACUAUUCGAAGAGAUACUUCUCACCGUCGAAGCGGAGAUUCGCAAACGCACAAUUCUGUUGUAUGA